UGUGCUCCCGUUUGGGUUGCAGUAGAACAGGAAGGUCCACGGUGCUUUGGAAGCGGAGCAGCAGGCGGGGUGGCGCAGCAGCAGCUGAGGAGGCCGGCGCAGGGAGGGAACGCUGCCUUGGAGCGCGGCGUGCGCACCGCAGGGACGCACUGAUUGACAGUCGGAGGCACUGAGCACGCCGUGCGGCACACUAGCGGAGCUCGCAAAUCCUUCCCAGCCCUCACCCGCCUCGUCAAAGACAACUCUGUGUAACACCAGCCAGAGCAGCCUGGCGCAAAUAAGGGAGGCUCUUUCUCUCCAUCCCCUCGGACUCGGAGUCUUCUAAAUAAAGCAGGAAAAGGAACGCAGCUGCUAUCCCACCCCCGCGUUAACUGUUCUGGACCCUAACCUGGCGUUCUGAAGUCCCCUGGAAACGGGAGUGGAUGGACUAAAAAGUCAGGUUGCACUUUGCAAUCUGAGAAGAUUUUCUCGGUUUCUUUUUUGGAGUAAAAGGACUGCGACUUUCUUUCGGAAUCAUUUUGGGGUUGAUUUUUGUUUAUUCUGAAAUCCGGCAUAAUUCUGGCACGAUCGUGAGUCAUAUUACAAACCCUGGAGCCCGUGAACACUGCUUUUCAUUAUUUUUAAUUGGAAUAAUGGCCAGAUAAUCAGGAGACUCUCGGGAGGCAUUUUUGGUGCGUAAUUUGGUCGAUGCGUGCAGGUGCUGAGCCGCAGAAGUAGCCUAGUUGUGCCUCCCUUGUUUUUUUCCACGUUUAAUACCCAAUUUGUCCAUGGAGUAGUCUUAAUCACAGGUAAAGACUUGAAAGGAGCGGGUUUAUUCUGUUUCGCCGGGAACAAACAGGCGGCUCUGAUGCGCAGAUUCUCCGUAGUACGUGGUAAAUGACCAAUGGGGAAUCAUGAACAGCUCUUCAGAACUCGAAGAUGGGACUCGGCAUAAAAACCAGAAUUUCUGUGAGUGUGUGCCCAGCUCCUCCCAGCUCAAACACCGCUGGUCAGACUCAGAAAGUGCCAGGGAGACCCCGGCCAAGAGGAUGAGCUGCAGCUACCUGCUCUGCACCAUACUGCUGUUCGUGGCUGUGCUGCUGGCUGUCACUGUAACUGGCACCAUACUUUUUAUGAAUCACUACCAGGCCCCGCCCAUGUCCGAUGGCCUGCCACACAUCUCCACCAAUCAGGAUGAAGCCAACGCGCUGGUCACGGUCGAGCGAGGCGACGGCUCUCGCAUCAACAUAUUCAUCGACCCCAACUGUCCCGACUACAACAGUAACUUUUUGCGCCUGGAGGGUGUGCAGACGUCACUGCUGCACUCGCUAUCCGACCACGACUCUGACCUGAAGUCAGUGAAAGGCCAGGACCGGGCUCUUCUCGUCAGUCUGGCUGAGGAGGUGGCCAAGCUGUCAGCCCACGCGGGGCAGCUGAAAAUGGACUACGAGUCCCUGCGUAGGGGGCAGGGCAGCCUGGGGCAAGACCUGAACACACUGCAGACAGAGCAGGGCCGCCUCAUACAGCUGCUGUCGGACAGUCAUAUCCAAAUGGUGAAGAUGGUUAACUCGGUGAGUGAUUCUCUGAGCGCCAUGCAGAAGGAGAACAUGGGCCUGAAGGCACGUGUCAAGGCUGACCUGAUGAAGGGCCCCGUCAGAGGGGCCCGCUUCAAGGGCUGCGCCAAUGGCUCGCGUCCCCGUGACUGCGGUGAUCUGUACGCCAGCGGCCAGCGAGAGGACGGCAUCUACUCCGUGUUCCCUGUGCACCACCCUGCAGGCUUCCAGGUCUACUGCGACAUGACCACAGAUGGAGGAGGCUGGACGGUGAUCCAGCGCAGGGAGGAUGGCUCGGUCAACUUCUUCAGAGCAUGGGAGUCCUAUCGUGAGGGAUUUGGCAAGAUCACCGGUGAACACUGGCUCGGGCUGAAGCAGAUCCAUGCUCUGUCCAUCCAGGGGAACUAUGAGCUGCGGAUCGACUUGGAGGACUUUGAAAAUAGCACCGCUUACGCCCAGUAUGGAACCUUUGGAGUGGGCCUCUUCUCCGUUGACCCUGAUGAUGACGGCUAUCCUUUGACUGUGGGAGACUAUUCUGGCAAUGCAGGUGACGCUCUGCUGAAGCACAAUGGGAUGAAGUUCACCACCAAAGACCGGGAUAACGACCACUCGGAGAACAACUGCGCCUCCUUCUACCACGGGGCCUGGUGGUACCGCAACUGCCACACCUCCAACCUGAACGGGCAGUACCUGCGGGGCCAGCACACCUCCUAUGCCGACGGCAUCGAGUGGUCCACCUGGACCGGCUGGCAGUACUCCCUCAAGUUCUCUGAGAUGAAGAUAAGACCCACCCGUGACCAAGACAAAAAAUAAGACAGACAGCAGGAAAAAGUUACAAACAUCACCAACCACAAUUUCUGACAGCUAGGCGGAGUUUCUUGAUAUAGUUUAUUCACUAAAACAUACCUCUGUGAGUUCAGUUCCCUCCCUAUGUUUCACUUCCUUUUUGCUCCCCCAUCAUCCAGCUACUAGUGUCAUGCCGGCUACCAUUAUUCUUCCUCAUGGUCCCUUUCUUGAACAAAUAACCAUCAUCAUGCAUAUUUCUGAUCGCUCAGCUCACAAAAGCAACAUACCAGAGCUCUGAAAUCCACAGUCCACUGAGCUAGCUUUACUCAGUCUGACAUGGCGGUCCAAGCAUCGCCGGCAGGAUCACACACCAGUAAUUCGCUCCUGACAUGUGGCUCUGACCUCCCAUCUGCGCUGACAUGGCACUUCAAUUGUGGUUCAGUCUCACUGCCCAUAGCUGUAUAAUCUGUGAACGCUCCAAAUAUAGUAUAAAACAAACAAACCCUUCACAAAAAAGUGAAAAAGGAGAUACAAGAUCCUCCAGCGGUGAGGAGAGACAGUGUCACAUUUACAUCCCUGAUCCGUGUGAAUGAGACCCAGCAGGGAAGGAGUGCGGCAUCUCAGAUAAUUAGAAAGAGACAGAGAUGGAGAGAACGGGGAAACAAUUUGACGAGAGUUAAAUUAGUCGAGAAAGAAAGGGGGGCAAUGCGAAUCAGAGGCGAGAUGGAGAUGGACUGGUGACCUUCCAGUUACCAAGCCAAGUCCCUAUCGACUUCGCCACCACCGCCCAGCGAGUGAGGAAGAGGAAGGAGGUGCAAAAAGAAAAAUGGGAAAAAGAAAGAGACAACGCAGGAUCUCAUUCAUCUGACUUGGGCCAUUAGGGAGCAUAUUGGGCACUUUGUCUGAUCUGCCUGCCAGCUGAGUACUGGCCAACUGAUGCAGCACUCACAGAUGGUAACCCAGCGUGUGUGUGUGUGUGUGUGUGUGUGUGUGUGUGUGUGUGUGUGUGUGUGUGUGUGUGUGUGUGUGUGUGUGUGUGUGUGUGUGUGUGUGUGUGUGUGUGUGUGUGUGUGCGUGUGUGUGUGUACGACAGGGAGCCACGGACAGAGUUCUCUAACAUUAUCAAGUUCCUGUCAUGUGUUCAGUUGAGCGUCUCCACUGACCAUGUUUAGCACUGACAGACUCAACAUGAUGCAUGGCUGGCACACUUAGUGUGACCCUUCAUUAAGGUAGUUUGCGUGGGAUAACAGCGCCUGUAAUAUAUGUAAAGUAAUAGAAAGGAAAAACUCAAUUCAAGAGGGAUGACAACAUUUAAGAUCAAUCAAAAACUGUAUCAGACCUUCCCUAGUUUAUUAGAUUUUAUCGGACUUGUUAAGGACAUUUAUAUUCGUAUUUGACAACAACCCACCCCACCCCCACCUUUUUAUUUGUCCUCUUUUUGUUUUUGGUUGCUUGUUAUAGGUUCCACUUGUGUGACACAUUGUCUCAUGUCAUGAGAAAAGGUUGAGAAAGUUGCUGUAAAAUAAGAUUUGACGCUCUCAACCGCCGUCUUCUGAGUAGGAAUUCUACAAUGUGUUAUGGCCAAAACAAAAUGCGCAAACUAAAAAAAGAAUAAUAAUAGAAAAGGAACAAAAAAAUGUCAUGAAGUAAUUUACACAAAGGCAAACUGUAGGCAGAAAAUAGUGCAAUCCUGAUUUCCGUCUUUAUCUUUAUUUUUCAAGUCGGGGAAUCAACCUUUGUCUUUGUUUCAAGUUUAUUUGGAUGUACUAAAAGCUUUAAAAAAAAUCUGUAGAUUCUAUUGUACAGUGUGUUUGACUUUUAGAGCAUGUGAAGCUGUUUUCUUACUAUGCUACAACACAAAGAAUACUCUAGCACAUGGACUUCACAAAUCCACCAGUUAAAAAAAAUAAAUAAAGAGUAUUUACAGAACUUUUCUCGACCUGAUCAACAAGUGGGAGUGUCCCGUGCCGCUCUGAAGGUCGGAUAGGAGUGAAGAGGAGGCAUUUGAUUAUCCCUAAAGCACACGCCCGUUCAAAUCUGCAGCACAAAUAUAAAUAUUAUGGAGGCACAAUAAGAGAGGGAUUUUGGCACAUCGCUGCCAGCUGGACACAAAGGAUCUUUCUGACAUCUUUGCAUUUGCGUGGCACUGAGAGACAAUUUGAAAUGUGUUGCUGCCCCAGCUGCCAGUGAGUUAAAGUGUAGCACUGCUGCGCUGAAUGCCUCUGACUCUGGACCUGCUGCGAGUUGUUCCGCAAUCACCGUUUCUGGAAGGAUCUCCCGUUGCUGCGUGUGUUUCUGCAGCACCUCGGCUGUUUUGCAUACAGAUCUACGUCUCAGAGGACAUCAGCCUCUUCUCUUCAACAUUGAAAAGCACAGACUCAUGCUACAAAUACUUACUGAUGUUAUUAUGGCACAGAGUGUGAGGUUUGAUAAUGUCAGAGGAUAUGGCAAAUUGCAAAUGAUUGAAGUCACUCAAGGGGAAGGAGCUGGACUGCGUGUGAGAACGAAUGUGAGAGUGUGUGUGUCUCUGUGUUAGACAGAGGGUGUGUGUGUGCACAUGUGUGUGUCUACAGUGUCUCUGUGUGUACACAUAUAUGAACAUGCUGCGGUUUGUACAUGCCCAAUGUGCAUGAGCCAGACGACAGAGCGGGAGUGCGUCUCUGUGGACAUUUUUGAAGUAUUGUGAUGCUUAUGUACAACUUGCCUCCCCCCCUUGCUAUUUGUGUUGAUAACAGAGAGAUUUACAUAAUUAUAAUGAACUAUUACUUAUUGUGAUUGUGAACCCAUAAGAGUGGACACCACCUUCUGGUACUGUGUUGAACUGCGCUCGAAACCCUUAAAAUCCCCAAGAACCCACUCCCUAUAUUUCCAUCCACCUCAACGCAGCGUUGUGCCCACUGUAUGUUGAUGCUAGUUGCCCCCUCUUGUUAUUUAAAUGUAAAAGUAUAAUUUGCCAUGCCCCCCUUCUGUGUUUCUGUUGAGUGAAUGCCUUUGUAGUCACUCUCUCUGCUGCGGCUUGCUAAGUUUCCAACGGAGGUUGAUGAUAAAAGAGUGAAAUCAGAGGCUCUAAUCAUUCCCAGUUAUCCCGCUCAUUACAGUGCAUCAGCCCCCCCUGAUCGACCCCCCCGGUCCCCAAACCUCCUAUCUUUCUUACUGUGUACCUCCUUAAUUGCCUUAGCCUCUGCUGCCAAUUCCCCCUCAUUCCAAAGCUCCUAAAUUCUGCUCCCAGCCCCCGACUCCCUGCCUCUUUAUUGCUCUGCUUUUUCACUCUCAGUCCCAGCGCUGAAUUAACUCUGUUCUUCUUUUAGUUUUGGUGAAGUACUAUAGAUUGUUUUGCUGAAUCUUGAUACUGUGUUUUAAUGUUCUUGUCGACAUUUAAUAAACAUUCACAUUUUAUAAAUGGGGAACACCUUGAA